AUGAGAUAUCUUACUUUAUUCCAUGUUUCGCAGCAACACAGACCCUACCCGAUCUGCGCCGUUCCGAUCACAUUCCACUUCUACAAGUAUAACGGAUACCAACGUGAGAUUGAUCCACCGCGAGACCUUAGUACUGUUUAUAUUAGCCGAAUAACUUUUCAGUACUUACAUGUACUUAGAGUCCAUCCCUCAUCCAAUAGGACUGCGGAUCUACGGGAUCAGAUUGCUACGCUCCUCUCCGACUCUAUACGUGUCACAGAAGAGGACCAGUCAACUAUAAUUGAAAAGAUAUUUCAGGUGCUUGCCCCGGACCCCGAGCUUUGUAUUUUUGUUGAUGUGGCGGAAGUGACUCUGCAGAUAGCGGAUGACAUUGACGCGGUUCUUGCAACGGAGUCCUUAAGAACAUAUAUUCCCAAGCUUAUUCCGGCAACUAAAUCAUCUAUUGAAGGUUUGGAGAAAGUAGGGCUUGAUAGCUUGGAAAUCAAAUCUAGUAUUGAACUGACACCAUCUUGUGUUAUUUGUAUGGAGGACCUUGAUUACUCUGCAGAAGAAGGAGAGGGGGUAGUUGAUCCUGAUCAUAAACGUCAUGGGAUCCUGAUCACUCGCAUGCCAUGUUUGCACUAUUAUCAUGAAGAUUGCAUUGUUCGUUGGCUGGAGAUCAAUCACAGGUGUCCCAUUUGCCGAUACCCAAUGCCAACUGAAAACCCAAACCCAAACCCAACAUUGUAA